CUCCUGCCCCUCAGCGGUUCCAUUGACUCCUGCACCGCAGAGAAGGCGGUCGAGUCCGAACCAGCCUAACUCCCCAGACCUCAGUGGAGACAUAUGCGCCCCGUCAACACCGGAGGCGUUUGAAGCGACCUCUGGCCUAAUGGGUCUCCCGGCACUGGCCUCCCCGCAUCAUUGGGAGUUGCCUGCUGUGGCCCAUCCACCAGUGCAAUCUAGAGGCAAGCCAGCCAUGCUGUCGCCUCCCUCCCCGCAUAGCGCUGUGAAGGUGGCACAAGACCAGAUGAGAGGCUCUCCGCCACCUCGGCACUGCUGUCCUUCGGCACCGAGUGCUGCUUGCCCCAGGUCCUCCUACUCAGAGACCUUGGACUCAGAAGCAGACUCCUAUCGCUCCAGCAGGUCGCAGAGCAGGAGAUCGGUGUUGGGGGUGAGCCACCAACGUUACCCGCAGUGGCAGCAACAAUGGCAGCUGCCCUCGCAGUGGCCAUUUUGGACUCCCUGGGCCUACCAUCAGUCGGUAGGCCAGGAGUUUGGCCCUCGGUCACGGUCGGCUUCGGUGUCCUUGACGUCGGUGUCCCCGACUCAGCUGCCUCCCCCACCGGCACCAUCGCCGGGCAGGGGUGUGCCAUCGUCAAGUUCAGCACCCCCUAACCGGGCAGCGGCAACGGCUUUCAUUCGGGCUCCGCCGGCACCACAUGAUACGCCAAGUCGCUCACUGGCGACCCUGGUACCAGCCGCGGUGCCGCAUUUAGACUCGGAACCAGCACCGCAACCUCAAUACCAUGUGCCGCAGGACCCCAAGGGGCCACAUGCACCGGAGGUAGGGCCGCUCCAUGUAAUCUCCUCAUCCUCCUCCGCAGACGAGGCGGUCUCAGGCAUGGCUGCAGCACUGGCCCUAGAGGACACUCGAAUCGUCCAACAAUUGCUUCGGCGAGCAGCUCAAAGCCUCGCAAUCCAAGUGGAGGAGAUUGAGGUGGACGCAGACCCUGUAAUGGAUAUUCUGGCCCCCUCAGGGCCAUCCAGGGUGGCCCUCCCGCUGAUAAAGACUAUAGCGGAUACGUCCCACACCCUAUAGCAGACACCAGCCUCAUUGGUCCCUACCGCCAAGAGGAUGGUGCGGUGCUACUUGGUCCCCUCUAAAGGGCAUGAACACCUGUACACCCACCCUUCCCCAGACUCCCUGGUAGUAGAUGCGGCUAACCAGCGGGAGCGUCAAGGGUUUCAGGGGUCAACACCGAAGAGCAGGGACGCAAAAAGACUUGAGCUCUUUGGCAGAAAGGUGUACUCCACGGGGGGACUCCAACUCCGCAUUGCCAAUCCACAGGCAAUAGUAAGCCGAUAUGGCCACAACACAUGUUCGGCCAUGUCGAAGUUUGCGGAGCUCCUUCCUCAGGACUCGAGAUCAGAGUUUUCGGCCCUAGUGGAGGAGGGCAAACUGAUCUCUCGAGCCUCCCUCCAGGCCAUCUUAGAUGUGGCAGAUUCAGCCUCGUGCACCCUGGCCACAGACCUGGUCAUGCGGCGGGGGGCCUGGAUCCAGGUCUCGGGCCUGCCCUAUGAGGUCCAGCAGACGAUUCAAGACCUCCCCUUCAAAGGGCAGAUGCCGUUUUCGGAGAAAACGGACAAAUGUCUCCAUAGCUUAAAGGACUCGAGGGUCACGCUUCGCUCACUGGGCUUGCAUACCCCCGCGACCCAGCACAGACAAUUUAGGCUGCAGGCGGCCCCUCGCCCAGACCAGCCACAGACUCGCCAGGAGUUGGGGCACAGGCGGGGCAGAAAUGGCAGGAGGCAUCACCAGCGCCACCCCUCCGGCCAGGCAUCUGGCCAAUCGAGACCACCAUCUGGGCCUAGACCCCCUAUUUGAUGGUACAGUCGAGGGCGACCUACCAAUCAAGACUCUGGAUCCUUCCACCCCACCUUUGGGUCACGUCUGUCCCACUUCUACCGUGCCUGGCCCCGAAUUACGUUGGACAAAUGAGUGCUCCUCAUGGUAGAGAGGGGAUAUUCUAUCCAGUUCUCCUCCCUUCCGCCCCACCAACCUCCCUCCCCGUCCCUCUUCAGGGACCCUUCUCACGAGCAACUUCUAAUUCAGGAAGUGAAGUCCUUCAUGGAGGCAGGGGCGGUGGAGGAAGUCCAGCAGGAGCUCAGGGGCAAAGGCUUCUACUCCUCUAUUUUCUCAUACCGAAGGCAAAAGGGUGCCUGAGACCCAUCCUAGACUUGCGGCGGCUGAACAAGUUUGUGAGGAAACUCAAGUUCC